AUGACCUCGCAAAUCCCCAACAACGACAUGUCUCCCAAGAGCGCCAUAGUCGUAGGCUCAGGCCUUGCCGGUCUGAGCGCAGCAUCUCAACUCAUCUCUCGCAACGUGUCAGUCUACCUGCUAGAGCGCGGAGCAAAGCCAGGUGGAAACAGCAUAAAAGCUUCCUCUGGCAUCAACGGCGCACCGACACAGUACCAGCCCGUGACUGAACCGUCCGAUGCGUUCUACUCCGACACCAUCCGGUCGGCGGGGAAAUCCAUGUCGACUUUCACCGCCCAGCGCGAGAAGCUCGUACAGACGCUGACGGAAGGCUCGGCCGGCGCGGUGGAAUGGCUGGUUAAAGAGAAGGGCGUGGAUUUAAGCAGAGUAGCACAAUUGGGCGGCCAUUCGUAUCCGCGGACACAUCGAGGCGCAGGACAAGCUCCGCCUGGCUUCGCCAUCGUCAGCACGCUGCUCAAGGGACUGAAAGAGAGCCCACUUUUCCACCUCCAAACUUCCUGCACAGUGACAAAGGUCCUGCAGACCGAGAAGCGCGUCACAGGCGUGCAGUACACGUGCGAAGACGGGAAGAAAGAGGAGAUUCUCGGCCCGGUUAUCUUCGCCUCAGGAGGCUUUGGCGGCGACGCAGACGGUCUCCUUGCACGCUACCGCCCCGAUCUCGCCGGCUACCCGUCCACGAACGAUCCCCGACCAGGCACACAACCUCUUCUGACUGCCGUUGGAGCGCAACUCGUCGAUAUGGAUCGCGUGCAGAUCCACCCAUCAGGCUUCAUCGACCCGGCGAAUCCGUCAUCCCCGCUCAAGUUCCUCGCCGCCGAGAUGCUGCGAGGCGAGGGCGGGAUCCUUUUACUCGCCGGAAAGCGCUUUGUCAAUGAACUUGAUACACGGGAGAAUGUCGCUGGGGCGAUUACUUCCACGGCUUCGACGUCUGCGUCGGACACCCCGAAGCAAUGGCCCGUUCAACUCCUCCUCGACGAGGGGACAUACAACGCAGCGAAAUCCCACAUCGACUUCUACGUCUUCAAGGGCCUGAUGAAGAAAAUCACGCUUGCCGAGCUGGACAGCGAAACCGCGCAAACGGUCACGCAGUACGCUAGUAUCGCAUCUGGCAAGACGCCCGAUCCGUUCCAGCGCGUCGCCUUUGGGAACUGGACGCUGACUGAUCCGAAGCCCGAGUCUGUCGUUUACGUGGGUAGUGUCACGCCGGUUGUGCAUUUCACCAUGGGGGGCGUUUUGAUCAACGAAAGGAGUGAGGUUGUCGGAGAAGAUGGUCAGGCUAUCCCCGGGCUGUGGGGCGCGGGUGAGGUUACGGGUGGUGUGCAUGGGGGGAAUAGACUGGGUGGGUCGUCGUUGUUGGAAUGCGUGGUUUUUGGGAGGAUUGCGGGAGGGAGGUGUGCGGAGGUUGUUCAGGGAGGUGUGUGA